CUGAGAUGCUCAGACUGCUACUGGGACUGCUGUAGGAACAGGGAUUUUCCCCUCUGUUCUCAGCUCCCCUGAGGAUGAAAUCUGGUGUUUUCCCUAGCACAGACCAGCAGUCAGAAGGGAAAGCUGAGCCUCCAUUCAGACUCUGGCAAGCAGGGAUGGAGCUGGCCCACUUCCCACAGGGCUGCUGGCACUCUGCACAGCAUGAAGGAGAAAUCAUGGAAUUGCAGAACAGUUUGUGUUGGAAGGGCCUUUAGAGAUAUCUCCUUCCAGUCCCCUUCCACGGGCAGGGACACCUUCCAGUAGACCAGGUUGCUCAGAAUCCCACCCAGCCAGGUCUUCAACACUGCCAGGAAUGAGGCAUCCACAGCUUCUCUGGCCAACCUGUGCCAGGGCCUCACCACCCCCAAGGAAAGAAUUUCUUAUAUCUUACCUAAAUCCACCCCCUUUCAGUUUGAAGCCUGUAUUGAGCAGUGUGCCAAGGUCAGAUGGACAGCAGACAGCCUGCCCUGCACAUCUUCUCCUCCCAUUGGGCCCAUGCCAGGUUUUCCAGCAGGAUUUUCCAGGCCCUGGCAGCCCCUGUCGCUGGGGUUGGCAGCACUGGCUGCUCCCUGCAGGUUUCCAAGGGUGUUCCAAAAGGAAUAACACAAUGCAAAAGUGUUUUCUCAAUACAGGAAUGCCAAAAGCAGAUUGUAAAAAAAGUUCUGGCAGGAUUAAUGUUUGGGUUUUUAAUGUAUUAUCAUAGUUUAAACCAUGCAAAAGCAUGGAGUGUUUUCAAGGGCUUGGGAUAGUGUUUAUCAGAGCCAAGGAGAAAGCAGCCCCCAAGGGUCCCCAUUCUUUAUCAGCAGGGUUAGGAGGGAGGGAGCUCCAGGCAUCCCAUGCUAUGUAGAGCCAAGCCCAGAAGAGCCUGGGUGGGGUUACAGGUGCUUUCUUCCCACAUGGGAAAUGCUGGAUGAGGUUAUAAGUUUAUUUUAAAAUUCAAGCCUGGAGGACUUGUCCCAGGAAAGGCAGUGCCACCUGCACCCCUGCUCCCACAGCCAAGCUCCACAUCAUUGUUAGUUUACCACUCUCUCCCUGGCAUGGAGAUGGGCAGGGUGCAGGAGUCCAAACCAUGAAUCUGAACCUGUAAUUAUUCCUCACUGGAAGCCCUGAGCCUCCAGCAAGCCAUGCCCAUGGCCAUGGGACAGUGCACCAGGCGGGGCCGGAGCUGCUGGGUGGCUCUGGGGACUUGGGGCUGCCACAAGGGCCAGCUGCAGGCUGCUCCCAGCCCAGCCUGGGCAGCAAGAGGAUGGUGUGAGUGGCAGCAGUGAAGCACUGAAGGCUGGGAUGGGGCAGUGAAGACCAGUCAAUGGGGAGAGGUUGGUGACAUCCCCACUGAGCUGUUUGGCUCAUUUUGCUGCCCGCCCUGUCCAAACAGGGAGGAUCCUCCUCAGUCUUCCUGUCAGCAGUUUCUCUGCAAGGUCUCAUGUCUUCCUCAAGCUUCCUCCGUGCUGACACAGGAGUAAUCCCACAGGACAUGCCUGUAACAGGCAAGAAGGUAACACGAUACAGCAGCACGACCACUGGCUUCAGUUCCCAAAUGAGACCCCUCCACAGAGAGCAGUGGUUACUCUGGAUGCUCUCCCCUUACAAGCUGUGCUACCCUGCUGACUGGAGCAGAGCCAGCAUCUCUGCCUUGUCUCUUGGCAAUGAGCUCUCAGAGGCAUCCCCUGCCCCUUCCCUGGGGGCUUGCAGGUGCUUGAGAACUGAGAGGAGAUGAAUUUUUUUCAGCCUCUCCUUUUGGCACUAAGCCACAGAACAGUCCUGGGCAGGGGAGCAUCCAUGGCAAGGGGCAGCUGGUAAGACUACAUGGUCCAGCUCCUUUGCAUUCUGCUGGCUGGAGGAUUGGUUAGAAACAGGAGAGCAGACUCUGGAUCCCUCGGAGGGGAUUUCCAAAAGUGCUCACGCUCUGAUUCAGGUUGCCAAAAUGCUUUUCAAAGGGUCUUUUCUUGAAAAUGAUACAGAGCAGUCACUCCUUGAAGGCACUUUCAGAGAGCCCCUUCCACACUGCAUUUCCAGAGUCACUGUUGCACCUUCAUUCUCUUGGACCUCCUGAGCUCCCAUCUCUCCACAGGGACACUUGGACUCCCUACAUGAGGUUCCCCAGGACAAGCAGAAUUGUGUUUUCCCAGGCUCAGAGGGCUGCAGGUGAUGCUGCCUGAGGGACAGGGGUGAUGGCUGAGCACUUCUUUUUAAUGUGCUUAAGUGUUCAUUAAUUACUCGUGGGUAUGGCAGGGCCAGCCCAGAGCUGGGCUUUGCUGGCAUUCAGCUCUGUGUGUAGCCAGGUACAGCCACAGCCACUGGCUGGGGAGACACAGCCUUGGGGACAGCCCUGCCUUGGGGACAUCCCCAGGCUGAGUAAGCUGAGCACACUCUUUGCAGCCUAACCCACAGUGCUGCUCCAGCAGCCAGACCCUUUCAAAGUCCACGCUCUGCAAAGUCCAUUCCUGGACUUUGUUAAAGCAGCUCUGCUUUAACAGAGCUGGUGCUGCACAGUAGGUGAGCACAGUCUGCAUUCAUCACCCCUCCAAGAGGAGCAGGUGGGAGAGCCAGGUGUCUGCAGCUGGCCUGGAGAGACAGAAGUCAUGACCCAAGAGCGACUGUGGCAGGUCCUGGAUCCGUCCUGGGGAGACCUCCGUGCCCUCUCGGCUCUGCUCUGCAGCUCAGCUGCAGCUGUGCUGCUUCUGAAAUGGCUGGGAAGGAGGCAGGUCCAGCAGAAGAUGGAUGAGGCAAGGAGGUCUCGGCAUCUGGCCCUGGAGAGAAUGGAGAAGGCAGCUAGCAGGCUUAAACAAGAGAACCCGGGCACCCAGACCUCACAAAUCCUCUCACUGACCAUUGUGGAGCUGGCAGAGAAGCUGAAGGAGGGGUCCUUGUCCCCAGAAAGUGUCCUCUACUCCUACAUGGACAAGGCUUUGGAGGUGAAUCGGGAGGUGAACUGCGUGACAGACUUCAUUCAUGGAUGUGAGGAUCAGCUCCAGAAACUGAAGAAGCAAAAGGAGAAGGGGCUGCUCUAUGGCAUUCCCAUCAGCAUCAAGGACCACAUUAACUGCAAGGGCCACGUCUCCUCUGGAGGGAUGGUGAAAUUUCUGGGCCAAGUGAAGGAAGAAGACAGCGUCAUUGUCCAGGUUCUAAAGCACCAGGGGGGAAUCCCCUUUGUGAAAACCAACAUCCCACAGACCAUGAUAAACUACGACUGCAGCAACCUCAUCUUUGGGCAGACAUUGAACCCUCUCAACCCCCAGAAGAGCCCCGGGGGCUCCUCGGGAGGGGAGGGAGCUCUGAUUGCAGGGGGAGGCUCCAUCCUGGGCAUCGGCUCGGAUGUGGCCGGCAGCAUCCGCCUGCCCUCCAGCUUCUGCGGGCUCUGCGGCCUCAAACCCACGGGCAACAGGAUCAGCAAACAGGGAGUUGUUGGUGCUCUCAUAGGAAUGCAGUCAGUGACAGGGGUGCUGGGGCCCAUGGCGAGGGACGUGGACAGCCUGGCCCUGUGCAUGAGGGCUCUGCUCUGCCAGGAGAUGUUCCAGCUGGACCCCAGCGUGCCCCCCAUGCCCUUCGAUGAGCAGGUUUACACCAGCUCGAAGCCCCUUCGCAUUGGGUACUACGAGGGAGAUGGUUACUUCCAGCCCUCGCCCGGCAUGAAACGGGCUGUGCGGCACACGAGGAAGCUCCUCCAGGAUGCAGGCCACACGCUUGUUCUCUUUGCCCCGCCGAAGAUUGACUACAUGGUGGAUGAGCUGUUCACCAGAGGGAUUUUCUCAGAUGGGGCUGCCCACCUGGUGGACUGCUUCAAAGGAGACAUCGUGGAUCCCAACCUGAAAUCCCAGUACAAUACUUACAGGCUUCCCGCUCUGGUGAAAAGGAUCUUGGCUAUCAUUUUGAAACCCAUAUACCCACGAAUUGCUCGGGAUCUGGGCGCUCUCUGUGGAGUGGGAUCUGCCAAAAAUCUCUGGGAUCAGCAUGCAGCAGUGGUGGACUACCGCACUGAGUUCAUCAGCAAAUGGAGGCAACUGGGGCUGGAUGUGAUCCUCUGUCCCGUGCUGGGGCCAGCCUUCAACCACGGCUACGCUGGGAAGCUCUUUGCUGCAACCUCCUACACCAAUCUGUACAACGUGUUGGACUUCCCUGCCGGGGUGGUGCCGGUCAGCACGGUCACGAGGGCUGAUGAAGAAGAGCUGCAGCACUACCGAGGGCACUACGGAGACCCCUGGGACAAGAGGUUGAAAGAGGCGGUGUCAGGAGCCCUGGGGCUGCCCGUGGCCGUGCAGUGCGUGGCCCUGCCGUGGCAGGAGGAGCUGUGUCUGCGCUUCAUGAAGGAGGUGGAGGCUCUUGCCCGUGGCACGGAGAGAAAUGUGUGAUUUCUGGGAGCCAGCCUCCAGCGGGAUGGCUUUUCAUUCCCUGCUCUUCACUCCGGCCACCUUCUGCCCGAUAUGAAGCAAAGUAGAUAGUGAGUUCAAAACUCUGAGCUAAUGUUUUAAUAAAGUGGCACUAAAUUCUGUUUUAAAAUAGUCAGCAGAAAUCCGUCUCUGUCUAAAUUGUCCUCUGUUGUUAGAGUUAAACUGAGUCAAAAAAACAAAAUAAAGGAGUUAAUGCUGGACCAAAGGGAUCCAAUAGCAACAGUUUAAUAUCAUUUCUUGUAUGGUGUGAGACCAAGGAGCUGUUUAUUGCAAUAUUGUACU